AUGGAUGGACCCCCACUGUCGCAGGCUAGCUCGCACUUCCCUCUCGACCCGGUGACGGGAGACGUACUGUUCAAGCAGGAGACGGCGCGAAGGGAUGCCCUACGGAAGAAGGGCAACUGCCUCACAGGCUGUAAGGAGCUGGAUGAGCAGGUACUACUCGGCGGCUUUGAGAGGGGUAGUGUCGUGGGCAUCACGGCCGAGGAGGAGGAGAUGGCGCUGUUGAAUUCUCCUGCGGAUGUGAACACGCAGCUUAAAGCAUGUCUGGAACGGGUCGCUCUCUCGCGCGUCUUCGAUAUCAACGGCCUAUGGGAAGUGCUUGGAGAGCUGGAUCUGCCGACUCAGAUGCCUGACCCGUCGUUGUCGCCAGAGAUCCAGCGCCAUGAGAAGCUUCAAUCUGAGUCAGAGAUAGACGAGGAAACUUUACCCUCCAUUGGCGAGACAGAGAUUCUGGAUAGCCAGGAUGAAGGAGGUCUCUCUUCCCCUGAAAGCACGAGAGAGACGCUCGCAAAGCCUGCAGCCCCUGAAAGGAAAGCAAGCGUCCCUCCAAAACAACCGAAUUUGAUUCCAGACGAAGCAAGAAAAAAUGUGCCUCCCAUACCUGACAUAAUUCUCAUCACUCACAUGUCCUCCCUCCUCGCCACGCUUUUCACUCAUCGCGAGAAGGCCUCAGCCCACCCCACUCUCCAGCUCAUGGCUUCCCACAUGCGAUAUCUCACCCGCUCACCUGAGCAUGGCGGACCACUCUUCCUCAUCCUCAACUCCACAACCUCGUCUGCCGCGCCGAACGACAGCACCGCCGCCGCCGCCAAGGCUGAGGGGCCGCCACGCUCGUCCCCGGAACCACCUUUGCGGCCCACUUCUAGGCCGAACCCUCCCAAGCCUCUGGAUCCUACCCUACGCUCGAUCUUCAACCCGCCACCGCAGUCGUACGGCUACGACGCGCCGCCCACGCGCCGCAACAAGCCGUCGUUCGGACUUGUCUUCACCCAGCUCCUGGACAUGCACCUGCUGUGCACGCGCGUGCCGAAACGUCGUGCUGAUGCCGAGGCGCUCUACGCGCCGUCGAGCUCGGAUGGAUCGCUCACACAUGGUGAAGGCGACGCCGUGCCGUCGGCGAAGCAGGUAGAGUACGCAACUGUGGUUGAGGUCUUGCUGGACGAGGUGGGUGCAUGGGAGGUUGGCGGGCAGGGGCGCCGCAGGAGCCGUGAGCAGAGAUGGGGAGCGGUGGAGGUGUGGAGGAUGGAGGGCGGGAAGGUGAGGGUUGUGGAUGCGUUUGAUACGUCGGUCAAGAAGCCUGUGGGUGAGAUCAGGCUCGCUGCCGGGUUUGGGGGGCCGGUUGAUAGGUGA